AUGGGACAUAUGCGAGUAAAGGCAUGUCCGCCCAAUCCGAGAAAUGCAAAUGGUGAAGAGGUUGGGUGCUUUUUCGCUGGCGCUGCCCUACCAAAGCUAUGCGCGCCCAAUGCUGUGUACGGACGACGGGCGUCUCCAGCCCCGAGGCCUCAAGGACACCUCGCUGUGACCUCACUGCACCUCACUGUGGUGCGCCGUUCCAGCGUCCUUUUGGGUCUCCCCAUUGGCCACGACCUCUCAGUGGACCCAUCAGGGAACCUCCCCUACCCCCCCGGUCAACGUCACCCCCGCCGAAGCUCUCGCACGCCGCCAUCUCUCCAUCUCUCCAACGGCCAUCGACUCCUCUCCUCUCUGUGCCUCUCCGUCUCCAAACCCGCCCCUGCAGCAGGCCCUCGUCGACCGCCUCUGCCCGCAACGCCCGCCGCCGCCGCCAUCCCCGACCUCAUCGCAUCCCAACGCCAUCUUGCCCUGUCCCAGCCGCCACAACUGCGACCAUUCACCACAAACCAAGGUGCCGCCGCCCUUGACGUUUUGAGGGAUUGA